AUUGAAAGUACAUCACACCAGGACCUUCUGUCUUUCUACAUCCCAUUCAGCAUGAGCGACGGAGGAGGGCUCUUCUUGUCAAGGAAGAGGAACCGGACUCGGGCGCGGCCUCCUCCUCCCAACGGCUCUUCCUCUCAUGCGCCUUCACCAUCCCUCGCUGGUAAUCCGCUACGAGCAGGAUCCAGUUCUUCCGCUGGCCCUUCCCCUCGACCUGUGAAUGCCGGCUCUCCGUCCACGUCUAGUGAUCCCUCCAAGAUUGUCGAGUUCAAACUGUUGUCUUCCGGCCUGGAGAAUGACAUACGGUACAAUGUUAUGCGAAUGAAUUCGGUCAGAGAUGUGGAUCCUCGCUCUAUCACGCGACCGAUCCUAAUGAAUCGCAAAGAGCCUGGUCCCAAAGCACCCCCCGCAUUCGCUACGAAUGAGCAGGGCAAGAUCAUCGGACGAUACGUGUAUGACAAGCAUGGGAAGCCAGUACUGGAUGCCAAUGGAGAGCAAGUGAUCGAGAAGAGAGAUGAGAAGGAUCUUGCGCUAGUGGGAGGAGCCCCGAAUCAACCGCCUAAACGUGCUGGAAGGCGAGGUGUCAAGGAGGUCUAUCACCAGGAUAUCGAGGUCAUCAGAUUACGGCGAGAGGAACACAUGCCGUGGAUUAUAGAGUCACAGACACCCAAAGAUGAAAAGGAGGCAGGUGCCAUGCCAGAACAUUGGGUGGGCAGGAUUACAGAACCGGCUUCUAUGCCCAGUGUCCUGUUGGUCAACGACGGGACAAUGGGUAUGGGUUUCAAGGUCGUACCGCUGGGCCGAUCCUAUAGAUUCGAGCCCGAACGUCCGUUCAAGGUGUUGGACGCGGACUCGGCGAACAAAUUGUACGAGCAUCAGACCAAAUUCAGGAUGCACGACCGAUGGGCUCACCGUGAGGGUGGCCCUUCGAGUGGACCCUCAAGCGAGGUCUCGUCUCUUCGCAGCGCAGCUGCCGUCCUGGCUCAGGAACAGCGAGCCCGAGCUCUGGAAUCGAGGUUGACUCAGCGAGCAGGAGUCGCUCCAAAAGUCAAGCGGGAAAAGUUUGAGGAUGACUACAAGCGAGAGGGCCGCAUGCUGGAGAGGGGGUUGGAAGGAGGUGCAGAUGAGGAGCUUGAUUACGAUUUCAAGGAAGAAUUCCAGGAUGAUGAGGAGAACAAUACAUUCUACCAGGACAGGGAAGAGGAGGAAGAGGCCAAGCUGCAAGAGGAACAACUCAAGAAGGAGUUCAAGCUUGCCAAUGCCAAUGUGGGAGAUCGGCCGCAGAUCGAGGAAGACGAGGACGAUGACGAUGACGACCUUUUCGGCGACGGUCUGAAUCAAGAAGGCAAGAGACUGCGAAAGAUGAUGAGGAAGCGAGGCGUUAUGGAGGACGAGUUUGGUACAUCAGAAUCAGACGACUCUGACACCGAGACCGUCAAAUCUCAACCGACGGACCAGAAGGAGAAGGACAAAGAGGGUGAAAAGGAGAAAGACAAGGACAAGGAGACCGACAGAGCGAGGUCCCGCGAGCCUUCUGCGGCUCCUUCGGAUCGAUCCUCACGGCCUCAAUCUCGAGGACCUCAUUCUCGUGGUACAUCCUCGCCUACAAGUCGACGACCUCAGUUGCCCAAUCCUGGCAAAGCAAGUACUGCACCACCGGGAUCUGGGUCUGCUCUCCUAGCACAAAGAGCUGCUGGCGGAGGCGUUUCACCCAGACACAGUCGGCAAACCUCACCUGUUGGACGGGGUCAAUCACCCGUUGAGGGAAGUCGAGCCGGCAGUCCUGCUGCCGGUUCACGGGAGGCUAGUCCCACGCCUUCUGCAUCCGGUGGAUCCGGCCGCAAACCUGGACAGCAUCCCAUUGGACAGCCUCAAAAACGGAAGACACCAGUUGCUUCUCAAUCACCAGGUCCAUCUCCCGGCUCGUCCUCAAACAAGCGGAAACCCUCACCAACGACGUCUGCGGGUGGCUCGGCGGACCCUUCGAGGAAAAAGAAGAAGUCUGGUUCAUCAACCCCGACCCCGGGGCCAGAGGAUCAGUUUCCGAACAUCAUAACUCGAGAAGAGGUCAUAAAUUGGUUCAGGAACGGACGCAAAAGCAUCGUACCAAUGUCAGAAGCCAUCAGUGCGUUCAAGGAUAGGAUAAAGUCGGCAGGCGAGAGGCAAGGGGACAAUCAAAAAGUUUUCCUGAGCAUCGUACAAAGUCUCACGACUGCCGAACCGGAUCGAAAGCUUAAGCUCAGAGACGGCGUGUUGUAGACUCGUUUUUAAAAGGGUUU